AUGGUCAAGCAAAGGAAGGGCGUCAAGUUCAACGUCCCCAAGAAAAAGGGCACUGGGCCGCCUGUCCCGUUCAAAGCACCGCCCGAGGUUCUGCAGCCUCUUAUUGAGACGCUGGAUGAGAAGCACAUAUACAUCCUCCAUGUGGACAACAAGCCCAUAGACCUGAAGCGCAAGGUCUUCCUCGUACCCGUCUUUAUGAACCUGGCCAUUGUGGCGCUCUUCGCAUGGCGCAUGUGGGUGAUCCUGCCCUGGUACCUACGCGUACUCACAUCGACGCUGGGUUACGCCAAUGAGACUACCCUCAUCGCCGCCGAGAUGGAGUGGGAUGAGCUGGUCCCCGAGGUCAUCAGGCGUACUGGCCAGUUCAUGUUCGACUUGGUCCUGUACGUCUUUGUCUGGCCUUGGCCGUACGAGUUCGCGUUUGGCCAGCAACACGCCAAUCCCCUGGCCUGGCGCUGGAACACUGGAUUCCGGGACAAGGAGAUCGUGGCCCGCCGGAGCAGGGGCUGGGACACGGUUGUAACGGAUGUCGUCAACGACAAGAACUCCAAGGACGUCUUCAUGUCCUUGGUCGGCAUCGCCACGUCUGCCAUGCUGAUCAACGAUAAGACGGGCUACCUUCUCAUGAACAAGGAGUGGAACCUCGACUGGGGUGUCAUGAUUGAUGCCACUACCAUGGUUGACAAGAAGAUGGCAGCGAUUGAAGCUUUCAGACUCGUUGUGCUGGUCCACCAGGCAGAGUACGGCUGGAUGGUUGUGGAUCACAAGUUGGAUGAAGGCGAUGCUGAGGAUGAGAGGAGGAAACAAGUCUUUCAAUUUAGAGACGCGCUGACGGCGCUCGGCAAAGAGGAUCUCUUCUUCCGCUGGAUCGAGGUUGUUCAGUUUGAAUCGUCUCAGCCGGGUGGGUUCGGUGCCGAGAGACAGGAAGUCGUUGCUCAGCAGAUCAGAGACUUGUUCCAGAAGGAGGGUGUUGAUUUUGACCAGCUUUGGAAGGAAAGCGUAGGCACAGAGGGAAUUGCGGGCAUGUAA